GUUGGAUGAGUCAUUUUUGCCUCUCAAUUCCUUUGUCCCCAAACCCCUCCCCUGUCCUGUACUCCUACUUCCCCUGACCAAUCCUGACAGACUCUGACAGCCUCUCCAGCCUAUCGACACAACAGCAUAGCCUAUCAGAUGGAGAGGAGCAGCUGGACCGCCUCCAGCAGGCGGAGCUCACUCGGAACAUGCCCAUGUCACUGUGGAAGGCAGGGGCAGUACAAGCCUGGCUGGAAGUUGUCAUGGCAAUGCCCAUGUAUAUCCGUGCUUGCACGGAAAACGUCAAAAGUGGCAAGGUGCUGCUGGGGCUGACAGACGAGGACCUGGAGCUGGGACUGGGCAUCAGUAAGCCCAUGCACCGCAGGAAGCUACGCCUUGCCAUCGAGGACUACAGGGAGGCAGAGGCUGGCCAGGGGCUAUCAAAGGCUGCAGAAAUGGACCAUCACUGGGUUUCCAGAUCUUGGUUGAGUGACGUCGGGUUGCCACAGUAUUCCCAAGCCUUCCAAAAUCAACUGGUGGAUGGUCGGGUGCUCAACUCCCUCAGCCGACAAGACCUAGAGAGACUCCUGAACAUCACCACAGAGUCCCACCAAAACAGCCUGCUCCUGGCGAUACAGCUCCUGCAACUGAUCAACUUCAACAAAGAGGUGCUGCAGGCUCGCCGGGCCCAGUGUGAGCACCAGCACCAGGACCCUGUAGUUUGGACCUGCCACAGAGUCAUGAAGUGGAUCAGAGACAUAGACCUAAAAGAGUAUGCUGACAGUCUCCAUGGCAGGGGAGUCCAUGGUGCUGUGCUGGCUCUGGACCCCUCCUUUGAUGCAGAUGCCAUGGGCAGGGCCCUGGGAAUCCCCAGCCACAAACACAUGCUCCAUCGGCACCUAUAUGAGGAGAUGAAGGCUCUCGCCAUCCCUGCCAGGCAUAGUAGUGUUGAGCAGGAUUGUGACGCGUCGCGAACCCCACCACAAUCACCUUCUGCUGUUUGCCGCUAUAAUGACGAGAGUGUGUCCAUGAGACGAAGACCAGGCAAGAGUCCUCUAAGGUUCAGCCCAAGGACCGCCAUUGGACAGGGCCUUGGUUACCAUGGCAGCUGUGGAUCUCUGCCCAGAGAGGCGCGGGUGCAGGCUGUGCCCAGGACGAAGGGCAGUCCCAUGCACACCUACAACAGUGUUGAGAUCACCAAUGUCUAAACUAUGCAGAGCCACCAAGGAUUUCAAUGCAGUUUCCAUUUAGUCAGAGGUGAAUACUGGUGGUUGGACUCAGAAUCAACAUAAUACCUGCUUGUUGACAGUCUAAGUUUUCAUCUUAAUAUUUGGAAUUAAAAUCUAUUUUAAUUUUAGAGACAUUUUCUUUAUUUUGUUCUACAGUAAAUGUCAAUAGAUCAGUGGACGUAAUGCCUUAUGUUUGAAUAUGGAAAACUAUGAAAAUGUGGUAACAUUCAAAAUUCCACAUUGCAGCACUGGUGCCAUCUUUCCUUUCUAAGAAUGAACAUCACAACAUUUCUUUAUCAACACAUCUGUUGUAACAUAUAUCAAGGAACAUUACGCUAAUAAUGUGUUUCCGCAUAUCAAACACAAAAAUAUUGACGUGUAAAGGAAAAAGUCACUUCUGGGCAUUAAAACAAACCAUCCCAAGUCCA